AUGGCACACGAUGACGUCUACGCGGCGGUGAAAUCCGACGCUUGUCUCAUGGAGUACGGCGAGCACCUGUACGGCCGGUGCGGCAUCGACCGAGAGCUCCGCCUCCGUCACAAGAUGCGAGAGCUGGGGAGGCUCCUGCUCUGCUCCAGGAGAACCAACCGGCUGAAGACCAUGCGUGACCACGUGGCGCCCGCCAACUUAAUGCACGCGGUUCGGGCGGUGAGGCGCGCGUCGGGCUUCGACUGCGACACCAACACCUACGAGAGGCCGAGCCUCGCCCUCAAGCUCGGCUGCGCCCUGAAGGCCAUUUCGCGGCUCGCCGAGAGCCGGGCGGUGGCGCAGGGCGACCGCGGCGCCGCCAACGACGCCCGCGCCUUCCGCAGAGAGUACAACGCCAGCUGGGAGGAGCUGGUGUCGGACGCGUCGUUCCGGAGAGACGAGCGGGAGGCGCCGCCGUUGCUCCCGUUCGCCAACGACAUCCGGGCCCUCCACUCCUACCUAGACGCGCAGCAGCAACGCGGCCGGCGAGAGCUGCACGCGGCGCCGACGCCCCGGAAUUGGGCGCUGCUCACGAAGAUCACGCUGACGCAGGUCGUCUUGUUCAACCGGCGGAGAACGCUGGAGGUCUCCGCCGCGAGCCUCUCCGCGUUCCUGUCUCCGGAUCCUGAGACGCCCGAGGAUGACGGGAACGCGGCGCUCUCGGAACUGGAAAAGGAGCUCGGUCAGCACUUCAGCAGAAUGGAGGUACGCGGGGAAAAGGGGGAAAAGGUCACGGUGCUUUUGACCCCGGCGAUGCGGCAGGCGCUGAAUCUGCUUCUCGGCAAACGGCGGGAGUGUCGGGUUCCUCUGGAGAACACAUACUUGUUCGCCAGACCCUUGGCCAUGGACUGCUUCCAGGGGGCCGACGCACUUCAAUUCUUCUCCAGGUUCUGCGGCGCUAAAAGCCCCGAAAGUUUGACCUCUCCGAAGCUGCACCGGCAGACGGAGGCCCUGUCUCGGGUGCUGAACCUCGGGAACCCGGAGCCGGACUGGCUGGCCGAUCUUCUCGGGCGAGACGUGAGGGUCAACCGGCAGUUCUACCGACUCCCCGAGGGCGCCCUGCAGCUGGCGAAGAUCGGCAAGGUCUUCAUGGCGCUGGACCGGGGCCGCCUGGCAGACUUCCAGGGCAAGAGCCUGGAGGACGUCGGCGUUGACCCCGAUGAGACCGUGCAAAUGGACGGCGACCACGUGUCAGACGCACAACUGCCAGAUGUGGUGAGCCCUCCGGCUUGCAAGAAGUAUCCAGAAAGAAAAAGACGUCGCCGGUGGGUGCCGGAGGAGAUGGCGGCCGUGCACACGGACUCAAGCGCUGCGUUCCUCGAGCUGGAAAAGAGAAGCGCUCAGAAACAGGAAGUGGCCCAGCGGCAAAUUCUACAUCAAGAAUAAAAUCGUUGCGCUUUUUAAUCGGAUCCUUUUUGAAUUUUUGAUUUUAUUUUUUUUUUUGCAAGGAAAAGACAUUUCGAUGUUUGGUGUUUGUUGUUCCUCAAGUCGUUCCUUAUCUCCUUAUCUCCUUAUCUCCUUAUCUCCUCUCACCUUUUACAUUCUACACUAAUACUUGAAUUGCAGCUCUCAGGAACAAAUAUUUU